GUACGGAAAGAGCCGACAAACAAACAGACAAGCAGAUAGACAGAAAAAGAAACAAGAAGAUAAUAUGAUAUCAAGAUUUAAUCAUGCUGGCGCUUAAGGGUUUAAGGGUUAAACUUCGCUUGUGCCUUUUAACUUUGCUGCUCUUUUACUCAAAGGAGGGUCAUUUAGCAGCGACACACAGCCCAUGACAUCGGUUUUCCGGCCCCUGCACGUCAGUGACGCCUGCACUGCAGAUCGGCACGUGUUAAUAUAAACACUGGCAAGCCCUGCGACCUACCGAUCAACAGUAAACACUCGGUUCGGCUCGCUCGUAGCAGCGCAGUGCAGCGUGUCGGCUAUAUCAUCUGCCACUGGUCCGUCGACGGUCUCAGUGACGCAUUGGACCGGUACUGGAAGGAUCAGGGGACCGUGACACGUGGAAAGACAAGGAAACGGACGGCAGAAGAAGGUAACGCACACUCUACGUCUACACACGCACAAAAUGCAGCUGGUGCUCCGGAGUCUGACGCUGGUGCUGGCGGCGACCCUGGCCACCGCGGGGCCGCUCGCCAGUCAGGACUCCCAGGGUGGCGGCGGGUCUUCGAUCACCUUCGACGAGAAUAUGUGGAGAGGUGGAGGCAACUUCCAGGCUGGUGAGACGAGCGCCACCAGCGUUCAGAGCUCCACCGGCGGCGAGGGCCAGCAGACCAACCAGGGCUCGGCACAGGCCGCGUCCCUGCAGCGGGAACAGACCGGCGGGCCCGGAGGUAACGUGCAGGAGAUCAGCAACCAGGCCGUCAUACAGGCCCUACAGCAGGCCAAUGGCACUGCCGGCGGCGCCGAGCAGAUCUCCAACAACCAGAUCAACAUCAACUCCAGUCAGCUGCAGCAGAACGUCAACGGGACGCUGGUGAACGUCCAGACCGGCCUCGAGGGAGUCGUCAUCAUCAACGCUGAUGAUUUGGCCGGGCCCGGCGAGUCUGACGCCGAACUGGAGGUAUCCGGUGACGCUCUCUUCUUCAUCGAGGAGCAGGACGGCCUGACCAACGCCUCCCAGAUCACCAGCAACCAGGGCGUGAUCCAGACGCUGCAGGAGCUGACUGGGAACGGCACCGGCGACGGCCAGCAGGCGUCCAACACGCAGGUGAACGUGCAGGCCACCCAGGAGCAGGAGAACGCCAACGGCACGUUCGUGCACGUCCAGGAGGGCCACCAGGGCGUGGUCAUCAUCAACACCAACGACGAGUCCGGAGCAAUCGUGGAGCAGACGGUGAUCAACGACCGCCCGCUGGGAGAGGUGACGGACGACAGCGCCACGUGCCGCUACUUCUGCUUCAGGCGCAUCGAGCGCACCUUCUACUGCUGCGACUUCGGCAACAAUCAGGACCUCGGAACAUCCGACUAUCACGACGGGGAGUGUCCGGAAAUGCCCGAGCUCUGCGAGAACGACGAGACGACGUCAUACACCAAGUGCGCCUUCGACAGCCAGUGCACCGAGGAAGAAGUGUGCUGCUACAACGGCUGCGCGCGGCACCACGUCUGUCAGGUCCCCUUCCUGUAACCGCGAGAAACGGUGCUCGGUGCUCGUGUGUUUGUGAUGCGUGGCUCGAGCGUGUCGCUCGAGCCAGGAUGUCGAACGAUGUAUUCUGGGACCGUAAUUUUGCGCUGUUUGGCCUUAUCGUGUUGUGCCAAUAUACUGGAUGGCUUUGUUGAA